UUCAUUUUUGAAAUUCGAAUUUCAAACCCUUUGCUCAUUCCCACGGUGCGCGGCGUGGGAGAUCACCCCUAAAGGUACCACAGUGGGAAAUGUCUGCGCGGACGAUUGGCGGCGCCCAUCGCUGUUGGCGACUCGUUCAUCCGAGCGUCAGUUGGCGCGGCGCAAAAGGUGACGACGUUGGAGCGCGUGAAGUGCUGCGGGUUCUAGUUUCCUCCCGCAGACGGCGACGAACCGGUGGCUCGCCAUACCUGAGAUCGCCCGUCGUUCGUGCACGAGGAGGUGUCGUCCUGAGAGCGCCGCUUACGUCCGUGUGGAAAGAGGGUCCCGCCGUCCGUUUCGAGUGCGUCUUCGCAAAGGCGACGUCGGGCUUCGUGUUGGACCACGCGUCACAGGCGGUUCGCGCCAACACCUUGAGCAGGGUGGAGAGAAUUGCGGUAGUUGCAGCAUUGUCGGCGGUGGCCAUGCGAUGUCGCAUCAAGAGAACGACGGCGCGCUUGAGGACGAGAGUGUCUAUUCACAGGCAGCGUGAGCUCAUCCAGCACGUGAUGGAGGCGCCAGACUGCGUCUCCAUGUCCGAAUCCAUUUUUCAGUUCUGCGUCGCCAUGUCAUCCGGGGUGAUGCCACGGGCGACUCCCAGGUGGUGGAUGAGAAGAAGGACGGGUGGUACGUGGGAGGAUCUGCGGAAGACAGACGACGCGUCGACCGAAUACUUCAAGGAAAAGUUGAGGAUGUCCCCCAGGGUGUUCAUGGAGAUCGUGGAGGCGUUGUCCUCUCUUCUGCAGCGGCGGGUGACGUUCUACAGGGUCCCUUUGCAGCCGGAUCACAUCAUCGCAUAUGCAUUGUACCGAUGGGCAAGCGGGGAGACGUACGAGAGCAGCACUUCCUCAUUCGGAAUAGGGCGCACAUCCGGGUUGAUCGCAGUGGAGGACGUUACGAGGGCGCUCCUCAGUGUGUACGGUGACAAGAUCGUCUGGCCUGCUGGGAGGCGUCGUGUGCUUGUUCUGCGCGCCUUCGAGGCGAAGGGCUUUCCCAACUGCUAUGGCUGCAUAGACUGCACGGACGCUUACGUCGACAAACCGGCGAACGCUCCUUCCGAGAACUACUUCGACCGCAAACAUCGUUUCUCCGUUGUAGCGCAGGUGGUGGUAGACCUCGACUUGCGCAUCACGGACGUUUUCGUCGGUUACCCGGGGAGCUGCCAUGACAUUCGGGUGCUUCAGCUCUCCAGUCUGUGGUUGCGUGCGGAGGAGGGGGAUCUUUUCCGUGGGCGAACAGUAACACCACAAGGCCGCCGGUUGGAAGCCGAUAUUGUCCGCCCGAUGGACCACAGACGUCAUGUGCACCAGCAAAAACAGAAACUUUCCGUGUCGACGCAUGCUCAACGACGGCCCGUCUAUCGCGGAUCCUUGAGCCCAAGGGACCUCUCGAGGACCCCUUGAAUCCAAGGACGCAAUGGCUGGGGACUCCGAGGGACCCAAGGAAAUC